UACCGGAUUUUGUGUUCUGGAGGCUGUGAGGCCCGGUGAGGAUUCGUUAUAGUAAGGUCUUCACCAUGAAUAAAGAUGCUCAGAUGAGGGCUGUAAUCAACCAGAAGCUCAUUGAAACUGGGGAGAGGGAGCGCCUUAAAGAACUCUUAAGAGCCAAACUGAUUGAGUGCGGAUGGAGGGACCAGCUGAAGGCGCACUGCAAAGAUGUGAUUAAUGAGAAGGGACUUGAACAUGUCACCGUUGAUGAUCUGGUUGCAGAAAUUACUCCUAAAGGCAGAGCCCUGGUGCCUGACAGUGUGAAGAAAGAGCUGCUACAGAGGAUAAGGGCUUUCCUCGCCCAGCACGCCAGUCUUUAACUUCUUUUGCCUAUUUUUAUUUUUUUAUGUGAUACGAGUCUUUUGCACAAUUUGUUUUCCAUUCCCAAGUUGUUUUUUUACUUAUUUUGUAGCAUGUUUUAACCAAAUAAAAUCAUGCCAAAU